AACUCCUCCUUCAUCCCAAAACUGAAACUCCAAGGUUCAUUCUCUUCCCUUUAACACGCGCGCUUUCUUCUACUCCGUAGCGUGCUUUUGACUUCAAUGCCGUUAUUCUCUCUACUAUAACACCAAAACAUUCAAAUGGCAUAUUGCUGUAUAUACAACCAUUUGUUUCUUCACUCGCAUUUCUUGUGGAGACGAAUUCCAUUUCCUCGCCGCCGCGUUACCGGAACCGCCACCGCCGGUAACUACUCUCUCAAUUUUCAAUCUCCGAAGCUGCUCAGUUCUUCACGCGCACCACUCUCGAAGGGUUAUUGUACUGAGACUUUAGAUUCGCGUGGAGAUAGAGUUGUUUCUGCAACUUCUCAGAGCAAUGCAACAUUGGCUCCAGAAAUUAGUUACGGAGCUGCUCCUGCUGUGCAGCUUGGUUCUGUUAGCAAUGCGGAAGCUGCAGCGAACAGUGAUUCUUUCAAUGGCAGAGUCAUGCUCAUUGAUGGCACAUCGGUAAUUCAUAGGGCAUACUACAAGCUUUUAGCGAAAUUGCACCAUGGUCAUCUAACACAUGCUGAUGGAAACGGAGAUUGGGUUUUGACGAUAUUUUCAGCACUGUCAUUUAUAAUUGAUGUUCUGGAAUUUAUCCCUUCUCAUGUGGUGGUAGUGUUUGACCAUGAUGGAAUUCCUUUUCGUCAUACUUGUAAUUCAUCAAAAGAAAGUUUUACUGCUAAAGGCCAGAACUUUAGGCACAAUCUAUAUCCUUCGUACAAGAGCAAUCGUCCUCCUACUCCUGAUACCAUUGUUCAGGGACUUCAAUACCUCAAAGCAUCCAUCAAGGCAAUGUCCAUAAAAGUCAUUGAGGUUCCAGGUGUAGAAGCAGAUGAUGUGAUUGGAACAUUAGCCUUAAGGAGUGUUGAUGCUGGGUACAAGGUACGAGUUGUCUCCCCAGACAAAGAUUUUUUUCAGAUUCUAUCUCCGUCGUUACGUCUCCUAAGACUUGCUCCACGUGGUGAUGAGGUGGUUUCAUUUGGAGUCGAGGACUUUGAAAAGCGAUAUGGAGGUCUGAAACCAUCCCAAUUUGUGGAUAUGAUUGCACUUUCUGGUGACAGAUCUGAUAAUAUUCCAGGAGUUAAUGGGAUUGGAGACACUUAUGCUGUGCAAUUGAUCAGUAAAUUUGGCACAUUGGAGAGGUUGUUGGAAUCUGUCGAUCAAAUCAAAGAGGAUCGCAUUAGAAAGACCUUAAUUGAAAAUGCCGAGCAAGCUCGAUUAAGCAAGGAAUUGGCAUUGUUGCGUUCUGAUCUCCCAUCCUACAUGGUACCAUUUGCUGUAAAAGAUCUCUUGUUUCAUAAACCCGAGGAUAAUGGCAGCAAAUUCAACAGCCUUUUAACAGCUAUCAGUGCUUAUGCAGAAGGGUUUUCAGCCGAUCCUAUAUUAAGGAAAACAUUUCGUCUGUGGGAAAAGUUAGAUUCGAGGUGAAGUUCAUCUCGGGUUUUCUUUGUAUAGAGUAUACAAUACAGCAUGAGUGGUUUAAAUGUAUAUAGCAUACAGAGCAUGCAUUUUUUCCAAGUGAUUGUUCUGUUAUGAUUUUUUUUUUUUUGGUUGUCAGCCAAAUCUAAUUCACGGUUCUUUAUAGUUUGUUACUCUCAUGAAGUUGUUACCUUUUUUUUAUUAAAGGUGAAAGCAUAAAUAGGCGGUAUUUUGUAUAUUAUAAUUCAAACUGCUAAAUUGAGGCCAGUGCAUUGAUGUUUUUACUCCUUAUUUUCU